AGACGCCGCGUUUCCCGCCGGCUGCCGCUCUGGGACCGCGAUCAUGGUGGACGUGCUGGAGGUGCCGAAGGCGCGCGUGAACGCCAGCAUGUUAGCUCAGUUCAUCGACCAGCCCGUGUGCUUCGUAGGGAAGCUGGAAAAGAUCCAUCCUACUGGAAAAAUGUUUAUUCUUGCAGAUGGAGAAGGAAAAAAUGGAACCAUUGAAUUAAUGGAGCCUCUUGAUGAAGAAAUUUCUGGAAUUGUGGAAGUUGUUGGAAGAGUAACAGCCAAGGCAACUAUAAUGUGUGCAUCCUAUGUCCAAUUUAAAGAAGAUAACCAUCCUUUUGAUCUUGGACUCUACAAUGAAGCUAUAAAAAUUACCCAUGAGUUCCCUCAGUUCUUUCCUUUGGGGAUCAUAAAGUAUGAUUGAGUUUGAUGAACUCUGUAGGACUGUGAAUUUGAUGUUGAAGAAUUAAAGGAGGCCCCCCUCUACUGUUUGAAGAAGAGACCCCUGUGGUUUCUAAUAGGUAAUUUGCUCGUUUUUCACUUCCAUUUCCUUAACCAGAUAUUUCACUCAACAAUUCUUGACUGAACGGGUAUGCCAACAUUUUUUCACAUAAGGGUGAGCAGUCUUCAUAUAAAAAAAAUCUCAUGCUCAUGUCCAUUGUAUAAUAAAAUUAGGUAUAAAAGCAAA